AUGACUUUAUUUCAUUUUGGAAAUUGUGUUGCAUUGGCAUAUGUGCCUUAUGUUAUUGUAUACAAAUGUUCUGGAAUGGCUGAGUAUAGUGCUUUCUGGAAAUGUGUACAGGCAGGCACGGCUUAUUUAUUCACUCAGCUGUGCAAGAUGCUCGUGUUGGCAACGUUCUUUCCUCCCACUGAAGUUUCCACAGAUUCACUUGAUGUUGUUGGUGAAACUAUGAAAUGUUUUGUUGAUCUGGCUGACCUUAUUGGACUUUAUUUAGUGAUGAACUCCAUUGCUGGUAAAGGUCAACUGAAAUUCCUGAUUGCUGGCAUGGGCUGGGCCACUGCAGAACUAGUGAUGACUCGGUUUAUUCCAUUGUGGGUUGGUGCCCGUGGAAUUGAAUUUGAUUGGAAAUACAUUCAGAUGAGUUUUGACUCAAAUGUCAGUUUAAUCCAACAUAUUAGCACAGCAUUACUUGUGUGGCUGUGGUCCCGAAGUGAUCUUCGAAAGACUCUUUUCCCUGUUGUCUUCCUCCUUCUUAUUCUCAGCUGUUUCCGGCCAUUAAUUGUCGAGAUUCUAAUCCAUGCAUGUCAACUGGGUUCCUGGACUUUACUCUUCUCCAAAGCUCUUUUCACACUUUGUAUCAGUGUCAUUGCCCUGCAGAUGUACCUGGGCAUGUACAGGCAGACAUCCAACUCUUAUUAUUAA